AUGCCAGUCAUGGAGAAAUUGAGGAUGUUCGUGGCUCAGGAGCCGGUCGUUGCUGCUUCUUGCUUAAUCGGCGGUGUUGGACUCUUUCUGCCUGCCGUUGUGAGACCUAUUCUAGAUUCACUCGAGGCAUCCAAGCAAGUUAAAGCGCCUCCACUUACCGAUGUUAUUGCUGGUGUCACAGGGAAGAAACAGAGCUAG